UGGCUGCUGGACACUGCAGCCUUUGGCUGGAGCUCACUCCUGGGUGCUGGGCCCGAGGACUUUCGUCCUCUCGGUUGCUCUUACGAUGCCCUCAUACAGUCAAUAAAACAUUCUCAGGUGCGACAAGCCAGAGUGGACCGUUCUCUCCAUCAUAGUCUGCCUUCCCAGGCCACAGCUAGAGGGCCCAGGUGCCACAGGUGGAUCUGGGCAAGGCUGGAUUAAACAUUAAUAGGACUGUCUCCGCUGCCCAGAAGAGCCAGUGCUGAGCCAAGCUGCAGAGCUCCUUGUGUUCUGAGACUGAGGAGGUGGCAACCAGCAGACAUGGCUCAGUUUGCCCAGGUUCUGGCUGAAAUAGGCGAGUUCGGCCGCUUCCAAGUGCGGCUGAUGAUCCUCCUGAGUAUCCCCAACUUCCUGUCUGGCUUCUACUUUUUUGCCCAAGUCUUUAUGGUGCUGGAUGAACCCCAUUACUGCUCAGUGGCCUGGGUCAAGAACCACACCUUCAACCUGAGCAGCGCGGAGCAGCUGGCACUCAGCGUGCCUCUGGAUGCUGCAGGCAGCCCCGAGCCCUGCCUCAUGUUCCAGCCGCCCCCCAACAACGCCACCUGGGAGGACAUCCUUAGCCGCCGCUACAACGAGACGCAGCCUUGCGAGGCUGGCUGGGACUACCCUGAGAACAGGCCCCAGUCCCUAACAAAUGAGUUUGACCUGGUUUGUGGCCGGAAGUACCUGAAGGAGACCUCGCAGUCCGUGUACAUGUCGGGGCUCCUCCUCGGGGCCUUGACCUUCGGGCCCCUGUGUGACUGGAUCGGCCGGAAGGCCACCAUCCUGCUGCAGCUGCUGAUCUUCGCCCUUGUCGGGCUGGGCACCGCUUUCGUACCCAACUUCGAACUCUACAUGGCCCUGCGCUUCGCUGUGGCCACUGCGGUUGCCGGGUACACCUUCAGCAAUGUCACCCUCCUUGCAGAGUGGGUGGGACCCUCGCAGAGGACCCGGGCCGUGGUCCUGGCCCAGUGCGCCUUCUCCGUUGGGCAGAUGGCACUCGCAGGCCUGGCCUACCUGGUCCGCGACUGGAGGUUGUUCCAGAUCGCCGGCACCUCGCCGGUCCUGCUGCUGUUCUUCUACAUCUGGGCUCUGCCCGAGUCUGCUCGGUGGCUGCUGACCCGGGGGAAGGUAGAGGAGGCUAAGCAAGUGAUCCAGAAGGCCGCCUCGGUCAACCGGCGGAAACUCCCCCCGGAGCUCCUGAACCAACUGGUCCCAGAGAAGACAGGCCCCUCGGGGAAUGCCCUGGAUCUAUUUAGGUACCCCCAGCUCCGGAAGGUGACCCUGAUUCUCUUCUGUGUCUGGUUCGUGGACAGCCUGGGGUAUUUCGGCCUGAGCCUCCAAGUCGGGGACUUCGGCCUGGACAUCUACCUGACGCAGCUCAUCUUCGGGGCAGUGGAGGUGCCCGCCCGCUACUCCAGCACCUUCAUGAUGGAGAAGCUGGGCCGCAAGUGGAGCCAGAUGGGCACCCUGGUCCUGGGCGGCCUCAUGUGUAUCGCCAUCAUCUUUGUCCCAGCAGAUCUGCCCGUGGUGGUCACCGUGCUGGCUGUGGUGGGGAAGUUCGCCACAGCGUCUGGCUUCACCAUCUCCUACGUGUACUCUGCCGAGCUCUUCCCCACCAUCAUCCGGCAGACCGGCAUGGGGCUGGUGGGCGUCUUCUCGAGGAUCGGAGGCAUCAUCACCCCCCUGGUAAUCCUGCUGGCCGAGUACCACGCGGCCCUGCCGAUGCUCAUCUACGGCAGCCUCCCCAUUGUGGUGGGCCUCCUGUGUGCCCUGCUGCCAGAGACACGUGGGCAGGGCCUGAAGGACACCCUGGAGGACCUGGAGCAGGGGCCCCACCCACGGUCCCCGAAGUCAGCACCUCCAGAAAAGGAAUCUGAGGCCACAAGCAGAGCGCCCAGCCCCGGGCUGGCGUUUGUCAGCAGCACGCAGUUCUAACUGGUCUCGAAGAGCCAGACCAGCCGCAGCAGGGAGGGCUGCCCAAACCUCCCUCUGGAUUUGGCUAGGGCCCACGAGGAUGCAGGGGCGAGACCAGCCUCAACACGGAGGCAGCACGCCACGACUGGCCCCGGCCCUAGCCAGCCCUCAGAGCCUACCCCAGGAGCACCGAGAACAAGGACUCCUGCCCUCUUUCACCGUUCUCAUCCCCAGAGCCCCCACCCCAGCCCCCUGUCUGUGUGAGAGUCUCGUGCUGGUUCUCUGGCAGUCUUGGGAGACAUAGGUCUCCCCCUGCCCACAAAACACA